GAAGCGGCGGCGCGGCCAUGGCGGCGACGGGCGUGGGGCAGCAGUGGGUGCUGGUGGAGAUGGUCCAGGCCUUCUACGAGGCUCCAGCUUACCAUCUCAUUUUAGAAGGAAUUCUAAUACUAUGGAUAAUCAGACUUCUUUUCUCAAAGACAUAUAAGCUUCAAGAGCGAUCUGAUCUAACACUUAAGGAAAAAGAAGAGUUGAUUGAAGAAUGGCAGCCAGAGCCUCUUGUACCUCCCGUGCCAAAAGAUCACCCAGCUCUCAAUUACAACAUCGUUUCAGGUCCUCCUACCCAUAUAAUCACUGUUAAUGGGAAGGAAUGCAUAAACUUCGCAUCAUUUAACUUCCUUGGACUUCUGAAUAAUGAAAAAGUUAAGAGUGCAGCCCAGUCUUCUCUGAAGAAAUACGGUGUUGGCACUUGUGGACCCAGAGGAUUCUAUGGUACUUUUGAUGUGCACUUAGAAUUAGAAGAACGUCUAGCAAAAUUCAUGAGGACAGAGGAAGCUAUUAUAUACUCAUAUGGAUUUGCAACAAUUGCCAGUGCUAUCCCUGCAUAUUCAAAGAGAGGGGACAUUGUAUUUGUAGAUGAAGCUGCCUGCUUUGCUAUUCAGAAGGGAUUACAAGCAUCUCGUAGUAACAUCAAGUUAUUUAAACAUAAUGAUAUGGCUGACCUUGAACGACUGUUGAAAGAGCAAGAGACUGAAGAUCAAAAGAAUCCUCGCAAGGCCCGUGUAACUCGAAGGUUUAUUGUAGUGGAAGGAUUGUAUAUGAACACAGGAGACAUUUGUCCUCUUCCAGAGUUGAUAAAAUUGAAGUAUAAAUACAAAGUUAGAAUAUUUUUGGAGGAGAGCCUUUCCUUUGGAGUCCUUGGACAACACGGAAGAGGAAUUACUGAGCACUUUGGAAUAAAUAUUGAUGAUAUAGAUCUUAUUAGUGCAAACAUGGAAAAUUCACUGGCUUCUAUUGGUGGAUUUUGCUGUGGAAGGUCUUUUAUUAUUGACCAUCAGCGAUUAUCUGGUCAAGGCUAUUGCUUUUCUGCCUCCCUACCUCCUUUGUUAGCUGCUGCUGCUAUUGAGGCUCUGAAUAUUAUGGAGGAUAAUCCAGAUAUUUUUCAGACUCUCCGGGCUAAAUGUGAACGGAUUCACAAAGCUUUACAGGGGAUUUCUGGUUUAAAAGUAGUGGGAGAAUCUUUUUCUCCAGCAUUGCACUUACAGUUGGAGGAGAGCUGUGGAUCUCGAGAAAAUGAUGUGAAGUUACUCAAAAGAGUUGUGGAUUAUUGCAUGAAUAGUGGUAUUGCGUUAACACAGGCUCGCUAUCUGGAGAAAGAAGAAAAAUGUCUUCCUCCACCCAGUAUACGAGUAGUGAUAACAGUGGAACAAACAGAACAAGAACUGGACAAAGCUGCAUCACUUCUUAAGGAAGCUGCACAGUCUGUGUUGAAUUAGACUGCUGUUUCUGGAUUCCUCUUUCCCAUGUUAUCAGGAUAAGUGUUUUACACUGUAUAGUGACUUCCAGAUUCUUCCACUGAUGGCAUUGAAAGCUGACUAACAAAAUUGUUCUAGAGUGAUACAAAUGAGUGAGGGGAAGAAUGCUGAAUUUUGGAGUUGGUGACUGACACAGUGUUGUUCCAAUUCAAACUCUGCCAAACGCGCAUUACUUAAAAUGGGGUAUCACUAUGGAAUUCAUGACUCUUUCAUAAGUUAGUGUAAAAAGUUCUAAAUUUAUUUCCUCAAACCCUUAAAUGUUCUCAAAAAUGUGUAUAAAUAUUCAGUUUCACCCCAAACCAUGUAAAAUGUGUUGUAUUUUCUCAGAAUGUGGGAACUUCAAAUAAAUUUCAAAGAAUUAUCCUUCCCCACCUUCCAAAUGAAAAUACACUGUUCUUAAUAUUACCAAAAGGAAAACACAUUAAGAUAUAAUUUUGUGCUAUAUUAUGUCGUAUGUUAUUGAACUAUAGGAGGGAGGACCUUCAAUUCUUUUUGCUUAUGUAUCUUUCUCUAAACAUUUUUGGCAGCCAGGUUUUAAGAAAGCCUGGCCAAACAGUAAAUUCAUAUCAAAUACUAUUUAAUUUUUGCAUUCCAUAUAUAAUUAUAUGCAUAUUUGAUAUUAUGGGUGAAGUUUUUAUACUAUUAUCUUUAAAAUAUCUAAAUUCAAACCUCUGAAUUGUGAAACUGAUGUAAUUCCAGUAUAGUAUGUUCAGAUAAAGGAGCUUUGUACCAGUCUUGAAGAGGAGUAAUAGGCAACAUGGAAAAUGAACCAAGGUUUUGAAACAGCAACUAAAUACUAGCUUAGUCAAGCUACUUUGAAGCACAAAAAUUAUAUGUGCUUCGUUUUACCUGAAAAUAUCUAUACCUGAGAAGGGAAGAUUUACACAUAGCUACUGAGAGUUUAGAUGGUACAUAUACUACUGAAACACAAGUCAAUCUGUGCACAUAAAAUUCACAAGUUGAAAGUAAUGUUUGGAAGUUGUGCUGUCAGGAUUUUAAGUAAGCACAGAUGGACGUUACAUGUAUGGACACUUUACUUCAAUCAGGAAACUGGUAAGGAGCUAUGUAUUUUUUAUAAAUCAAAAUAUACAGCUUUUUAUUUCACAAUUUUGCUUUAAGAAUGCCUUUCUGAAAUUUUUGUAUUCUGCCUAGUAUGUGUUGAGUUGUUUUGUACUUUUGUGCCUUUUUGGUUGCUACUACAAGGAUUACAGGACUAAUUUUGAGAAACAUCAUUGUUAAAGUUUGAUUCAGAUUUUUACUUACACAAUUGGAUUUUGUAGCAUGGUCAACCAUAUAUUGUUAAAUAUUCUACAUUAGGUAAGCAUAGUCUAUGCUGCCUCCAGUUUACAGAGAGUGUUUCUACAUUGGCUUUCAAAACUUUUCAUCUGUGUACCUUCAGAUAGAACACCUAAAGUUGUGUUGGGGCACUUCUGUGAUUGUUGCUUGACAUUUGAAGUAGUCAAAUCAUUAUCUGUGCCAUGUAGUAAAACCUUCAUCCCAGUGUGAAAGAGAAUCCCUAUUUCAAUGACAUUAUGUUUUCUCUGUUAACUGUGAGUAAAAGCCAGUGAGAAGCCAACAAUUUAGAAGAGAAAAAAAUGUGCAGAAUGAGACUGGCUCCCAUGUUACAGACGGGAACUGAAGUGCAGAAUAGUCAUCUUGAAGACCCUCAGACACUGCAAGAAAUGGAAAUUAAAUGUUAUGCCUCUACUUUGAGCUUUUGAGCCGUUUUUGGCUGGAUAAUUGAAACCUGCAAAUUCGAAUGAAGUCCAGCCUUUGAUGUAUAAAUUUGGAAAAAAUUAGGUACUUCGAUUCCAGUGCAGCAUAUUAAAUGGUUUUGGAGUUAAGAUAAGCCUGGGAAGUUUUGAAAUAUGAACCCAGUCAAUGCACAGAAUGGUGUACUGUCUCCUUUCUGUCACUCCAUCUGGACUUUAUUAUUUUAUACAGGGUUGUGGAGUGUUGGCAUUCACUGAUCUAUGAAGUUGCUACCACAAAAGUGUCUUGCAUCUUAAGAUGACUAGAGAAGUCCACAUGUAAAUGUACAGAACUGUAAAUGCUGCUUAAACAGAGGAAAUAUUUACAACUAACACAAAGCAUUUAUACAUUAAACUGUUUCAGUGUCCUAAUAAAUGGAAAUGUCUGGAUAACA